AUGGCCAAAAGAAAAGGGCUUAUAGUGUGUGUACUGUACUAUUGGGGCACCGAGAGGACUUUGGCUGAUCAUUAUGUGGACGAGAAUAUGUCAGGUGUGGGUAUAGUCUAUGGCAGGAGUGGACCGAUGUGCAGUGUGUGUGAGAGAGAGCACAGACGGAGCAAAGAGAGACGUAUGAAACAGUUGAGCAGUUUGGGCGCCCGAAGACACUUCUUCCGGAGUCCGAGGCGAGCGAUGCGACCGUUAAGGCCCGGACUCUCACCCGACGGACUCGAGGACUCGCCGGAGAUGAUCGGCGGACCCAACAAUGGCUUCGGAUACUUCUCAGAGCACAUCUCGAUCACGACCAGCGCUGCCGGAAUAGUGAGUAGAGUGUGUGUGAGUGGAGUGGUGUUAGCAAUGCUGGCAACGGUGUGUUGGAGCGAAAAUCCAAAUUCGAGUAAUCCGAGUGAGUUUCAGUACGGCGUGCCUCAGCCCCAACACAACGGACCCCUCGAUCAGGGCUUCUAUGACUUUUUCCCCCGUCAGGGGCCACCAGUUCACGCGCCCGACGGUAUGGUUCCCUCAUUCAUGGGCGACCCCUCACACCUCGGCCACCAUCCGGCGCCACUCGCAGCCGACGCCCCCUUCAUGACCGACGGCCAGACCGGCGGACACACCGCCCAAAUGGUUACGCAACACACGCCAGGCAUCGGCCCCUCCAAUGUUGACGGAGCCCUUCACUACUGAUUUUAUUCAAAUUGAUAAAUGAUUACAACA